AAGUGAAUGCAUACGGGCGGGGACUCGGUCUGUGUCUCGGGGUGUAGGGCGUGAGCGAGCGGCUGGUGGGCGCGCCCGCUGCGACGUUGCGGAGGCUUCAAGAUGGCGGAAGCCCUGACAACUCAGGAGCAGCUGGCUGUGGAGGAGUUUUUGGGUGAGGUGCGUAGCAGGGAGCAGCCCCACAGUGCAGGGCUGGUUUCAAACCCUACAGCCGUAAAGUUUCUUAUGGCCCGCAAGUUUGACGUUUCCAGAGCCAUCGAACUCUUCCAAGCAUACAAGAACACAAGAAUCAAAGAGGGCAUCAUCAAUAUCAACCCUGACGAGGAGCCCCUACGCUCUGAGCUGCUGAGUGGCAAAUUUACAGUCCUGCCUGGCCGCGAUGCAAAGGGUGCCGCUCUCGCACUCUUCACUGCUCGUCUCCAUCGGCCAGAUCUUACCACCCACAAAGCCGUGCUGCAGGCCAUCAUCUAUCAGCUGGACAAAGCCAUAGAGAGUGUACAAACUCAAAGAGACGGACUCAUAUUUAUCUACGACAUGACCAACUCCAGCUAUAGCAAUUUUGACUAUGAGCUCUGUGUCAAGAUCCUCAAUUUGCUCAAGGGGGCAUUUCCAGCUCGUCUAAAAUGUGUCUUCAUCGUUUCAUCGCCACUUUGGUUUCGAGCACCUUUCACGGUUCUCCGCCUAUUUGUGCGCGAGAAGCUGAGAGAAAGGGUGUGCACAGUGAAAGCUCAUGAGUUGGCCAGUCACAUCCCAGUGUCCUCCCUCCCUGAACACCUGGGUGGGACGUCCCAGUAUAGCCAUGUGGCUUGGAUCCAGUCCUGUGUUAACAUACAUACCAACUCUGUUAAGGGUGACACACAAGAACACGACACACACGACUGUGUGGGAAGCCUGCUGCGCUCCUACAGCUUAGAGUACAGCAACACAAGCGUAGGUGCUACACUGUCCCACACCCACAUAAACACACAGUUAGGCUCUGAGUUAGCCGUGGCUAACUCUAACUGCUACGAUGAUAGCAAUGCUAACCCACACAACCACUGCGGGGUGGUGGAGGGCAGGACUCGAGGCCCAGGACAGUACCAGCAGAGCCCGCAGUCUGCUGCAAACAGGCUGCAGGGGAACCACCAACACUGGAACGGCUCAGCAGUGAGCGAGGCCAACGUGGCUGUUAGUGGCUCAAGCCCGAAUGCUAACAUGAACGGUCGAGGUCGCCAAGCCCCUCCCCAGUCAGACACACCCCCUGAUACACCACUUUCCCAGAAAGGUGAUGGGAGUAUGAUGGACGGCAAGGCAACAGACUCUGCCAAUAGAUCCCAGAAUGAGGGGACAAAGGAGGAUAUUGAGGAAGAGGAGGAAGGGGUCCCUCCAUUGCCACAGAAAUCUUUGCCUCGCCCUCCCCAUCAGCCUUUCUCCCAGUCCCCACCCCUGUCUUCAUCAUGGGGUCCUGACGACGAGGACCGGUACAUGGAAGUGUCUGUUCACAUGCCAGAGCAGGGAGGCAUGACGGUGCAUGAGCUGGUGGAGUACGUGAAGAGGAAGAAGAAGAAGGGGAUCUAUCAGGAGUACGAGGAGAUCCGCAAGGAGCCACCAGCUGGCACCUUUGACUACUCCAAGAAAUUGUCCAAUCAGAUAAAGAACAGGUACAGUGAUGUUCUCUGCCUGGAUCAGUCACGAGUGCGACUCUGCCAGCUCUGUGAUGACAGGGAUGAGACAUCAGAUUACAUCAAUGCUAGUUUCAUGGAUGGGUACAAGAGGAGCAACGCCUACAUCGCAACUCAGGGUCCUUUACCAAAAACCUUUGGUGACUUUUGGCGCAUGGUGUGGGAACAGAUGGUACUUAUCAUUGUCAUGACCACCAGGGUGGUGGAGCGUGGUCGUGUCAAGUGUGGCCAGUACUGGCCUCUUGAGGAGGCCAGGACUGAGCAGUAUGGACACUUCAUGGUCACAAACCGACACAUCCAAGUGUUUCAGGACUUCAAACUCUCCCAUCUUGAACUUUACAACACACAGUCUGGAGAGAGACGGGAGGUGUGUCACUACCUCUAUGUCAGCUGGCCAGACUUUGGGGUGCCCAAAAGUGCUUCAGCUAUGUUGGACUUCCGCGAGCAUGUACUUCAGAGGAGAGAGGCUGCAGUCCAGAGCCUGGGCUCCAAUUGGACAGGGCCUCCAGGAGGCCCCCCUGUGGUAGUGCACUGCAGUGCCGGUAUCGGCCGCACAGGAACCUUCUGUACGCUGGACAUCUGCCUGUCCCGGCUGGAGGACAUUGGCACAGUAGAUGUCUGUCAGACGGUGCGACGGAUGCGCACACAGAGGGCUUUCAGCAUCCAGACCUGGGACCAGUACUACUUCUGCUACACAGCAGUCAUCGAGUAUGCCCAGCGUAAUGGCAAACUGAGUCCAGUGCAGUGGUCUGACUCAGACCUAGAGACUGACAGUGAGUAAGACAGACACGUGGAGAGAUAGGAAAAAAAAAACAAAACAAGUAAAUGGGAUAGCCAACCUAAACUGAAGUCAUAAACUAAACUAAAAAGUGAGGAAGGUCGCUUCAGAGUAGAGGCUCUUCUGCCAUAAGAGAGAAGAGACAAAGGAUGGAGAUUUUGUUGUGGCUCUUGAUGUAAUGAUGCAGACUUCCUGAGUCGCUCUUCCUUCACAAGAAUGGACAGACAGAGUGAGGUGAAGAGCUGGACAGAAAAAAUAAAAAUACAGAGAGUGGAGACUGCACAUUGUGUCACUGAUUGAGCAAGCUGUCCUGCCAAUAUCCGAGCCCCUUUUCAUUUAGCAAACUACAGGGGGACUUGGCCUGUCUUGUUGACAAGAGAGUCGUACGAGUUGAGUUGUAGCAUUUUUAUAUUGACUUGCACAUGAGGAAUGACAAACUUGAACUUUACCCCUUGAAGCCCUCCAACCCCAAGUCUUUGUACCUUUUUUUUUUUUUUUUUGUAUUUCUUGUUCCGUUUCGGCCCUGAGCAAGUCUGUGAUCACAGAUGAAAUGUGAAGGGUACGAAAAGGUGAAACUUGAAAACUUUUUUUUUUGUUUGUUAUGUGUUUUUAUUUUCUUUUUAAGAGCAAAUGGUUCUGCAUGAGAAAAUGGUCGUAAGUGACAGUGUAGAUCGGUGUGUGAGCCAUUUAAUCUAUUUGUGUUUUUUUUUUCUUCAUUUUUCAUGUCCUUUUUUUCUAUGGUGCAUUUUCUACGUGUGUUUCAUAUUUGUGCAUAUGUAGACUAACUUUUCAAAGCCAAAGUCCUCACCCUGAAUGCUUGGAUGUACUCCUUAAUGAGAUAUUACAGACUGAAGCCCAUGUAUAUUCUUGUAACAUACAUUUAUACAUUAUUGUGCAUAAUAACAAUGUCUGAAAGAAGAGCAAAAAAACGCCUUGUUUAAUAUAAUUGACUUAACCUUGAAGAAAUAUCUAUGUAGCGAGCCAGGCUAUGACAAAAUAUAGAAAAGGGUUGUGGUAUUAAAACCGAUAUCGUAUUGCAAAUCUGUGUGAUUUGUCAGGUCUAACAUCAUCUUUACUGUCAGAGCGUUCUGAUUGGACCAUCUUAAGUAAUUUGGCCUUAACUUGAUUCACUGCCUCGUCGUUCUCAGACCUAAACCAUACCUGAAACUGUAAACUUUUCUUUUUUUUCCCCAUUGUUCUAUCCCCUUUUUAAUCUUAACUCCCUCAAUACCACAACAGUUGUGUUUGAUUCUAGAGGCAUAUUCUGCCUCAGAUAAUUGUGCCUUCAGGUUUUCCUUAGCUUAUCGUCUCGGUAGUGUAGUAAUAACACCCAAACUAGUGCACUUGAAUAGUACACAAUGACUAUGUGUCACACAGGACACCCACAUUUUUGCCUAUAGUCCUGUACAUAGUACACUACUUAAGAAUAACAUGGAAGUAGUGAGUUACCUGGGACUAAGCUCUGGUUUGAGACAUGGCUAUUCAUUUAUCAUUUGACCUCAGGGGGUAAUUCUGGUGUUUUUUGCCUAGUGUCAAAGAUCCGUUUCUGGGUUUGCCUCUGGUAAAUUAUCAUUUAAGAAAAACUAUAUCAACUUUAUUUUGUAUUUUUUACUGUAUUGUAUCCUACUAUAUUUAUGUCUUUGUAAAACUUCUACAAUAUUGAAAUCAGUGAAUGUUGGUACGAUGCUACAAAGAAAACAAACUAGUUAUUGCAUUUGAUAAGCUGAACAAAUCAGAUGGGGAGUGAAAUAUAUUUUUUGUUGUUCACGAUGAAAUUUUGGUGGAAAAUGUCACUUGCCAUUGUAUUUUCAGAACUGACUUGUACAAAUGGGACAAUGGGGGAGGGGAGGGACAUUGCGGGAAACUAACAAUUAUGUUUUUAGAGAGCUUAUGUUAAACUCUUUAGUAACAGUUAACAUCUUACUGUCUGGUACCCAAUGCCAAGGACAAAGCAAAAAAGAGCUAUCACAAGAAAAAAUGCAAAAAAGACAAAUGGCUGCCAUUUCUGUUCACAAAACCAUAGCUUGGCGUCUAUGAGUUUAACAAAAAAAUAAAUAUAUAUAUAUAUAGAAUAGCAUAGGAUUGAUCAGCAUGGAAAAGCGAGCCUUGAAUGUUAGUGGGGUAAUGGCGUCCAAGCAAUUUAGUCAAGACAGACAUGGAUAUUGUUGGUGAAUGUGGACCCUGCAUCCCUCAAUGCCAAAGGCCCAGGCUCACCCUUCAGAUUUUUUUUCCCUAUUACACAUCUCAGCAGCCUACUAACAUGGAGCUACCAGUGCAGCCUUGUAUCCAUGGACACCAAAAGACUCGGGAGCAUCCUCGGGAACAUUAUGAGAGAUUAUGCAUAGCUACAAAAUGUGAGAGUAUGUAUGUAAAUGGGUCUCGGUUUUCAUGCUACUUUUAAUUUGUUCUGAGAAACGAAUGCAAUGUGCAUUUAUCAUCGGUGUCCAUUUAAUGUUUCUUUCUGUACUUUAAGUUCUCGUGAUUGAAUUAAGGCCUUUUACAUACUGUCAGCCCAGCUGUCCCAUUAAAGCAAUGGUAUUACUAUCUUGAAUGAGUACAAAGCUAAUGUGAUCUCUUCUUGACUGGAUUGAAUGGUGCAUAGAUUAAAUGUGCAGCAUGAACACGUA